AUGUGCUGCUAUUCCACUCAUACAUUGGCUUCACAUGUGCUGCUAUUCCACUCAUACAUUGGCUUCACAUGUGCUGCUAUACCGCUCUCCACUGCGCCGUGGCGCCGUGUGGGGGCCGGCUUUGUUUCUUCUGCUGUCAAUCAGUGGCAUGCACUCUGCACGCCGCAGCAGGCAGCAGCACUAGCCGUAACAGCAUUCAUCGUGUUGCACCCACCCCUCAUUCCCUUCUCCUCCCUCGUGCCCCCAUCUUCCACUCCUCUCUUGUCUCAAAUCCUUUGCCCUGCUUCCUCAUCCCACCUGCUCUCUCCGUCUUCUCCAUCCUGUCCUCCCAUCCUUGCCUCGUAUAACCCCACAGCUCGCAUGAUCUUUGUCCCCACAGCUCGCAUGAUCUUUGUCCCCACAGCUCGCAUGAUCUUUGUCCCCACAGCUCGCAUGAUCUUUGUCCCCACAGCUCGCAUGAUCUUUGUCCCCACAGCUCGCAUGAUCUUUGUCCCCACAGCUCGCAUGAUCUUUGUCCCCACAGCUCGCAUGACCUUUGUCCCCACAGCUCGCAUGAUCUUUGUCCCCACAGCUCGCAUGAUCUUUGUCCCCACAGCUCGCAUGAUCUUUGUCCCCACAGCUCGCAUGAUCUUUGUCCCCACAGCUCGCAUGAUCUUUGUCCCCACAGCUCGCAUGAUCUUUGUCCCCACAGCUCGCAUGACCUUUGUCCUCACAGCUCGCAUGACCUUUGUCCUCACAGCUCGCAUGAUCUUUGUCCCAUCCCCAUGCCUCUCAUGCCCUCUCGACAAUAUCUGCGACCCCUCCUCGCAUGGGCAUGGGUAUGUGCUGUGCUCCCUCUCUCCUCGCAUGGGCAUGGGUAUGUGCUGUGCUCCCUCUCUCCUCGCAUGGGUAUGUGCUGUGCUCCCUCUCUCCUCGCAUGGGUAUGUGCUGUGCUCCCUCUCUCCUCGCAUGGGUAUGUGCUGUGCUCCCUCUCUCCUCGCAUGGGCAUGGGUAUGUGCUGUGCUCCCUCUCUCCUCGCAUGGGUAUGUGCUGUGCUCCCUCUCUCCUCGCAUGGGUAUGUGCUGUGCUCCCUCUCUCCUCGCAUGGGCAUGGGUAUGUGCUGUGCUCCCUCUCUCCUCGCAUGGGUAUGUGCUGUGCUCCCUCUCUCCUCGCAUGGGUAUGUGCUGUGCUCCCUCUCUCCUCGCAUGGGUAUGUGCUGUGCUCCCUCUCUCCUCGCAUGGGUAUGUGCUGUGCUCCCUCUCUCCUCGCAUGGGUAUGUGCUGUGCUCCCUCUCUCCUCGCAUGGGCAUGUGUAUGUGCUGUGCUCCCUCUCUCCUCGCAUGGGUAUGUGCUGUGCUCCCUCUCUCCUCGCAUGGGUAUGUGCUGUGCUCCUUCUCUCCUCGCAUGGGUAUGUGCUCCCUCUCUCCUCGCAUGGGUAUGUGCUCCCUCUCUCCUCGCAUGGGUAUGUGCUCCCUCUCUCCGCUCAUGA